AUGCGUUCACUCAAGGCCUCCAAAGCGUGUAUCACGCUCGCAACCCCUUGCUGUGGCCGAUACGGUAUUCAAAGAAGCGCUCAAUCCCUUUUAUCUGCGCCGUGGCUACAAACAAACCACAGCAUAAAGCCCAUCACCAUUGCUUUUCGUCCAUCGACAACCUCCGUAACCCACUUAGGCCCAACGUCCAAGCCCUUGACCACAAAAUAUACACCUCCAACCCGCGGCCUCAUUGCUUUGCUUCCCACGUCAUGGAUACCCUAUGCCGAAUUGAUGCGACUAGAUAAGCCAACUGGUACAUAUUACCUACUUUUUCCUUGUCUCUUCUCGACCAUGCUUGCUGCGCCAAUGGCCACACCCAUGGCAGCACCACUAGAAGUCGCAUCAUAUUCGUGUUUAUUUAUCUUGGGCUCCUUGAUCAUGCGAGGCGCGGGAUGCGCAAUCAAUGACUUAUGGGAUCGUAACUUGGACCCCCACGUGGAAAGAACCAAAUUCCGACCAAUUGCAAGAAAUGCAAUUACACCACAAAAAGCACUUGUAUUUAUUGGCGCUCAGCUCCUUUCGGGCUUAGCAGUUCUCUUACAAUUUCCCGCGGACUGUUUUUGGUAUGCAACACCCAGCCUACUUCUGGUGGCAACAUAUCCACUUGCUAAACGAAUCACAAACUACCCUCAAGCGGUCCUGGGCUUAACAUUUUCGUGGGGCGCCAUAAUGGGGUUUCCUACCUUGGGCAUCGAUCUACUAGUUAAUGACAGCGCCGCAACAGCUGCUGCGGCCUUAUACUCGAGUUGCGUUGCAUGGACCGUACUUUAUGACACAAUAUACGCACAUAUGGACGUAAAAGACGAUGCUGCUGCUGGGAUCAAAUCGAUUGCAUUAAAACAUAAGAGAAAUACGAAAUCAAUAUUGUCCAGCCUAGCAGCGGUUCAGGUAGGUUUACUCACUCUUGCCGGAAUUGCAGCGGGCUCUGGCCCCGCCUUCUUUGUUGGGAGCUGCGGCAGUGCAUCAAUUGCUCUUAGCGUCAUGGUUUGGCGUGUCAAACUAGAUGAUGUCAAAAAUUGCUGGUGGUGGUUUAGAUAUGGCUGCUGGUUUACCGGCGGUGGUGUUGUUACCGGGCUAUUUGCGGAUUACCUUCUCCAGGUAUUCGGAAUUUACAGAUCUGACCAUCACCUAGUAUACUGCGCCCCGGAAAAUUAA